UAGAAUUAGCAGUAGCUCUAGAAGUCUUACCUUAGAAGCACUUCAAAUUCUUUUCUUCUCCAAACAUUUCUGCUUUUAGCUGCUGAAGCUGAAGAAUUCCUUCUUAUCUCAUUCCAAAAUCCAUCCUGAUCACCACCUUAAUUGAUUCUUUUCUUCUAAUUUCAAUUCCAAGCAAGAAAAAAAAUGGCCGAUGCAGCUAUUAGCGCUACUAUUCAGGUUGCAUUGGAGACGGUUAUUUCCCUUGCCGCUGAUCGUGUUAGUUUGGUUCUUGGAUUCGGAGAGGAGUUGGAGAGACUACGCCACACUGCAGAAACCAUCCGAGGUAUCCUGGCUGAUGCGGACAGGAAAAUGCAUAUUGCCGGGGUGAAAAAUUGGCUCGAGCAGCUUGAAGGAGAGCUUUUUAAAGCGGAGGAUGUGCUGGACGAGCUCAACUAUGAAAAUCUUCGUCGGGAGGUGAAGUACAGAAAUCAACUCAAGAAAAAGGUAUGCUUCUUCUUCUCGUACUUUAAUACAAUUGGUUCUCGUUCAAGGUUGGCUUCAAAGAUCAGGGACAUCAACAUGAACCUAGAAAGGAUCAAUCGGCAAGCAAAUGAUGUGGGACUGGUCUUCCGGUUCCAAAUUGAAGCCGCACUCCCUGCUGCUACUGGUGCCACAACAAGCAGACAAACCGACUCUAUUCUCGUUCCAAAUGUUGUAGGAAGAGUCGACGAUGAAUCAAAGAUUGUGGACAUGUUAUUGAGGCCAUCUGAAAAGGUUCUUUCUGUUAUUCCCAUAACAGGCUCAGGAGGUUUGGGAAAAACAACUCUGGCGAAAUCAAUCUACAAUAAUCCAAAAAUAGAUGGGCACUUUGGCCAAAAAAUUUGGGUUUGUGUGGCUAAAGAACAAAUUAAGAUAAUGGAGCUGUUCAAGCUCAUUUUAGUACAAUUGACAGGAGAAGAAGUUAAAGUGGAUGACAGGAAUGUUAUCGUUAAAAAUAUUGGAGAAAAGCUCAAGGGACAAAGAUAUUUCCUUGUUCUUGAUGAUGUGUGGGAUCAUGAUCAAGGAUUGUGGAAUGAUUAUUUCAACACUUUGAUGGGACUCAACGAAACCAAAGGAAGCUGGUGUCUUCUCACUACUCGGUCGAAACCAGUGGCUGAUGUUGUAUCUACACAUUUGAAGAUGAAUAGCGGUCCUUAUUUCUUAGGAAAGCUAUCACGUGAUGAGUGCUGGUCCAUCAUAAAAGGAAAGGUGAUGAGUGCAGGGGAAGAAGUACCAGAAGAAUUGGAAGCAUUGAAGAAGCAAAUUUUAGGGAGAUGCGAUGGCCUACCCUUGGCAGCAAGUUUGAUUGGUGGCUUGUUGCUUAACAACAGAAGAGAGAAGUGGCACUCCAUUGUGCAAGAGAGUCUUUUGAAUGAAUGUCAAAGCGAGAUUGAGCAAAUACUUAAGGUGAGCUUUGAUCAUUUGUCACCUGCAUCAGUUAAAAUAUGUUUUGCAUAUUGUUCAAUUUUCCCCCAGGAUACAGAAUUGGAACAAGAUCUAUUGAUUGAGCUUUGGAUGGCGGAAGGUUUUGAUCAACCAUAUCGCCAAAACCAAAGGCUGAUGGAGGAAAUAGGGGGUGAUUAUUUUAUGAUUUUGUUACAAAAUUCCUUAUUGGAAAAAGUAGAAGAAUCGUGGCGGGGAACAUAUUAUUAUAAAAUGCACGAUCUCGUGCAUGAUUUUGCAAAAUCAAUUCUCAAUCCAGAAAGCAGCAAUCAGAAUCGCUACCUUGCAUUGGGCUCUUUUGAAGGUUUGGCAGAAAAUACCACAAGGACAAUACCAGCAUCAAUUCGCACAUUAUUUCUCCAUCUAGAGGGUGGCGUAUCUACUGACAUGCUUUUAAGAUUCAAGUGCUUGCAUGUUCUCAGAUUGUCUGGCGAUGAUGUCGAGUCUCUACCGAGCUCCAUUGGCAAACUACUACAUUUGCGGUUGCUCGACAUUUCAUCUUCUGGAAUCAGAAGUUUGCCAGAAUCUCUUUGCAAGCUAUAUAAUUUGCAGACACUAACGAUUAAUGAUUAUGCACUUGAAGGAAGUUUUCCAAAACGGAUGAGCGAUUUGAUUAGCUUGCGACAUCUAAACUACAAUCAUUAUAAUGUAGAAUUAAAAAUGCCGGUGCAGAUGGGACUAUUGACUUGUCUUCAAACUCUGAAGUUUUUUAAUGUAAGUCAAAAAAGGGGAUGUGGUAUCGAAGAGCUUGGGACCUUGAAAUAUCUGAAAGGAUCGUUGAGUAUAAGAAAUCUUGGACUAGUGAAGGGCAAAGAAGCAGCUAAACAAGCAAAAUUGUUCGAAAAGCCAGAUCUGUCCGACUUGGUGUUUAAAUGGGAGAGUGGGGAUCGGGAAAGCGAUAAUCGUGAGGAGGAUGUGUUGGAAGGUCUCCAACCUCACCCAAAUUUGCAAGGGUUGGAAAUUCAUUCUUUUAUGGGUAAUAAAUUUCCACAAUGGCUUAUCAAUUUGUCAAAAUUGGAGACAUUGCGGAUAGAAGACUGCGAGAGAUGCAGUGAACUCCCCUCAUUAGGACAACUACCAUCCCUCAAACGUCUCUCUUUGAUAAGAUUGGACAACAUUCGAUUUAUUGGAGAUGAAUUCUACGGUAUUACUGCUAAUGGGGAGGAGGAGGAGGAGGGCAGAUCACGAGCAUCAGGAAGCAGCGCUAGAAGGCGAAAAUUCUUUCCUGCCCUUGAACAACUCUAUGUACGAGAUAUGAAGGAAUUUGGUAGACUGGAAAGGUGCAGACCAAGUGAGGUCAACAGUAGGUGA